CCGUCAGAUGCGCAGGCGCACUUGCAGGCUUGUUUUGCCAGCUUUACGCUACCCCGAAUGGGGAAAAAGCAGGUGUCGCGAGAGUUGGGCGCACGACACCUUGGGCGCACGACACCUUGUAGGGGCUGUAAGUAUGGCGGGCCUACAUGUCGAGAGUGAACAGGAGCCGCUCUUGGGCGACACACCUGGAAACAGAGAAUGGGACAUUUUAGAGACUGAAGAGCAUUAUAAGAGCCGAUGGAGAUCUAUUAGGAUUUUAUAUCUUACUAUGUUUCUCAGCAGUGUAGGGUUUUCUAUAGUGAUAAUGUCCAUAUGGCCAUAUCUCCAAAAGAUUGAUCAGACAGCUGAUGCAAGUUUUUUGGGCUGGGUUAUUGCUUCAUAUAGUCUUGGCCAAAUGGUAGCGUCACCUAUGUUUGGUUUCUGGUCUAAUUAUAGACCAAGAAAAGAGCCUCUUAUUGUCUCCAUCUUCAUUUCCGUGGCAGCCAACUGCCUCUAUGCAUAUGUCCACAUCCCAGCCUCUCAUAAUAAAUACUACAUGCUGAUUGCUCGUGGAUUGGUGGGAUUUGGAGCAGGAAAUGCAGCAGUUAUUCGAUCAUAUACUGCUGGUGCUACUUCCCUUCAGGAAAGAACAAAUUCCAUGGCAAAUAUAAGCACAUGUCAAGCAUUAGGUUUUAUUCUAGGUCCAGUUUUUCAGACUUGUUUUGCAUUCAUUGGAGAAAAGGGUGUGACAUGGGAUGUGAUUAAACUGCAGAUAAACAUGUAUACAACACCAGCUUUACUUGGAGCCUUCCUGGGAAUUCUAAAUAUUAUUCUGAUCUUUGCUAUACUAAGAGAACAUCGUGUGGAUGACUCAGGAAGACAGUGUAAAAAUAUUAAUUUUGAUGAAGCAAGUACAGAUGAAGUUCAGGCUCCCCAAGGAAAUAUUGACCAAGUUGCUGUUGUGGCUAUCAAUGUUCUGUUUUUUGUGGUUCUAUUUAUCUUUGCCCUUUUUGAAACCAUCAUUACUCCAUUAACAAUGGAUAUGUAUGCCUGGACUCAAGAACAAGCUGUCUUAUAUGAUGGCAUAAUACUUGCUGCUCUUGGAGUUGAGGCAGUUGUUAUUCUCUUAGGAGUUAAAUUACUUUCCAGAAAGAUUGGCGAGCGUGCUAUUCUACUGGGAGGACUCAUCGUUGUAUGGGUUGGCUUCUUUAUCUUGUUACCUUGGGGAAAUCAGUUUCCCAAAAUACAGUGGGAAGAUUUGCAUAAUAAUUCAAUCCCUAAUACCACAUUUGGGGAAAUUAUUAUUGGUCUUUGGAAGUCUUCAAUGGAAGAUCACAAUGAAAGACCAACUGGUUGCUCGAUUGAACAAGCCUGGUGCCUCUACACCCCAGUGAUCCAUCUGGCCCAGUUCCUCACAUCAGUUGUGCUAAUUGGAAUAGGCUACCCAGUCUGCAAUCUUAUGUCCUAUACAUUAUAUUCAAAAAUUUUAGGACCAAAACCUCAGGGUGUGUACAUGGGCUGGUUAACAGCAUCUGGAAGUGGAGCCAGGAUUCUUGGCCCUGUGUUCAUCAGCCAAGUGUACGCUCACUGGGGACCACGAUGGGCAUUCUGCCUGGUAUGUGGAAUAGUGAUGCUCACCAUCACACUCCUGGGAGUGGUUUACAAAAGACUCAUUGCUUUUUCUGUAAGGUAUGGGAGGAUUCAGGAGUAAACUAGCCGAGACUGUGAUGGAAAGUACUUGUUGUAUGGCACUUCCUGGUCCAAAGCUCUGCUAGGCAGUUGUGAUGAACCAGUCUCCAAGAACAAGAACAUAUGUUGACUAAUAGAAUUCUACAUGUAAUUAUGAAUAGUAGGUUAUAUAAAAACAUAUUGGAUCAUAAUUUCCUUAUCUCAGAAAUGAAACAUUCGUCUUAUAAUACUUUUUUGAGGUUGCAUGAACUAAUGAGUGGAUAGACAAUGAUAUAUAAAUGUGAAGUUGUAUUCUUAAUACAAACUGCAGAAAUGUCACUAAAAUAAUAUACAGUGGAACCAAAAGAGGGUUCUGUAAGAAUUAGCCAUAGCAGAAUAGAAUUCUAGAAUUUUAAGAACCCAGGUAGAGGCAUUUUUAUUCAAAGACAUCUACUUUUUAUUAUUAAGAAAUGCAUUUUCUAUUAUAAAGUUGCCUUAUGAGAUAAAAAUCAUAACACUUAUAUUUUCCAUUUUGCAUGCCUAACAUCCUACCUUGCUUUCUGUGAGUCUUUCUCCUAAUACUGCACCUCUGCCUUAUUUUAGUUUAGGGUUUCACUAAGUAACUUCUACAUUAAUACAUGAGCAUGAGUAAUGCUAAUAUUUGAGCAGCACAGAGGAUUAAGAGAUCAAGAUAUUUCACUGCCUAUUAGUUACCCUAAUAGGGCUACCUACCUUUUUCUUUCAAAUGCCAGUAAUUCGCUUUAGAAACAUAAUCCAGAUACGUGUUUGUGUGUGUGUGUGUGUGUGUGUGUGUGUGUGUGUGCGCGCGUAUAGACACAAAAUAGUAAAUGGUUUCUUAAAAUUAUUGCUAUUUUUCAACCCCCUUAAACUGGAGAAAAACAUUCACUUUAAUUAGAUUAUUUUCCCAUCUCUUAGUAGUGGUGGGGAGGAACACAACAGUUUUCAAUCUGUGUCUGCAUAGCUGUUUAGAGCUGCAGAAUUUUAGUUGGAUUUUUAAUUUGAAUGAUCCCUGACAGCUCCAAUCUAGUCAGGUUAAUAAAUAUUUGAGGCAAAAUGGCUUUAAUCUAACAGUUUACUGAGUUUACCUGAAGUUGGCUAAAUAACACUCUGUAUGUUUAUACUUCUACCUCUACAUAAGUUGAAUGCUGAUAAAAAGAACUAGUAGAGGACUAUGUAUAUG